GCCCCCGUCGACGUCGGAUCGAGCGCCACGAAGCGCCGCCCUCCUCCAUGCUGUAGCGAGCCGAGGAGGCCGGAGGCUGAGCAGGAAUGAGGAUGGGGGCCGGAAGAGGAGGGGGAGGAGAGAGGAGCUACCGGUAGGGAGAGAACCGGAGAGAGGAGCUACAGGUAGGGAAGAAGAGGAGGAUGGGGCUGGCUGGCUCCGGCGGCGACGAUGAGUGGGCAAUCGAUGGCAGAGCUCAAGCGACGGCGACGCUGCUGAGGUGCCGCUGUGGUGUGAUCUGGUCUGGUGGGGUGGGGUGAAUGGCGGGGAGAGGGGAGGGGGGUGGGGGUGGGGGGGGAGCGUCCCUGCCCCUGAUGCUUUCACUGCGCGCCAAUGUUACAGCCUGCCAUCUGGCGGCCAAUAGCCUCCGUGGCGUGCGCUGCUGCAAUGGAUAAAGUUUUGGCCAGACCGGGGAUGGCUUUCAGAUUCGCAUCACACUCACACUCUCUUCCCCCUCCCUCUCCCUCUCCCUCUCCUCCACUUCAUCAUCCUCGUGUCAACGAUGCUGUUCCCUCUCCCUCUUCCCCUACAGGAAAUGGCUUCCGGCCUAUGACAAUGACAACACCCGUCGCAAUCCACGGAGCUGAUUCCACUACACCAGUGGAUGGUUUAUCUCUCACCACUUAUGCCAUCAUGGCCUCCUCCUCCUCCUCCUCCUCCUCCUCCUCCCACUCCUACUACUCAUCAUCAUCAUCACCAUCAUUGUCAUCAUCGUUUGCAUUGUCAUCAUUGACAUCAUCCUUGAGUGGUGGAGGGUCAAGCUUUGAGCAAGGAGAGGAGGGACAGCAGGAGAAGGAAGAGCCGGGGGGCUCAUUCAGGGCGCGAACCAGCAGCAGGCCAGCCGGGGGUGGUCACGAAGCAGCGCAUGCAGCUGAGGCAUGGGCACAUUUCAGAAAACUGGGCUCCCCUUGGCGACACGUUGCACCCAUGGUCGAUCAGUCGGAGCUUCCGUUCCGGAUGCUCUGUCGGAAAUACGGUGCCGACGCGGCGUACACACCAAUGCUUCACAGUCGUCUGUUUGUAGAAAACGCCAAGUACCGCAGAGAGCAUUUCACAACUUGCCCCUGGCAACAUCUGAUGCUCUUUCACCCUCAGCCACGAGGGGAACACUAUGCUUCUGAUGAGACUCUGCUGAGAUUAUAUCCUUCUGCGACGUGCCCUCAGCGGAUUGCGAGGAGGGGAAACUAUGGCAGCUUCCUGAUGGACGAUUUACCGCUUGUGCAGCGCCUGGUCAGGGCGUUGGUGGAGCAGGUGUCAGUGCCUGUUUCAUGCAAGAUUCGCAUUUUUCCUAAUCUUGAAGACACUUUAGCAUAUGCACGGAUGCUAGAGUCGUCGGGGUGCUCUCUCCUGGCUGUGCAUGGACGCACAAGAGAUCAAAAGAAGUGUGCUCUCAUCCCUGCUGAUUGGAAUGUUAUCAAGGCCAUCAAACAGUCUCUCAGCAUUCCUGUUUUGGCAAACGGGAACAUGCAAAGUCUCAAGGAUGUCCGUCGAUGCAUCCGCUAUACCGGUGUCGAUGGAGUUUUGUCUGCAGAACCCCUUCUCUGCAAUCCUGGCCUGUUUUCUGGCAUCAUGCUCCAACAAGAGCCUGAUCCAGAAGGUGACUGGAACGUUGGGAUGCCAGAUAUGGCUGAUGCGAACGCAGGGUCGCAAGCCGAACAGUGGAGGGGUCAUUCAGAGAGCGCUGGUGACAUGACAAAUGUCAGCGCGUUGCAAUGGGACAGCGAUGGGAGCGGUGGUGGCACCAAGGUUGGUGUGGGGAACCACAAUCACAUCUCCUUUCUGCUCGAGUACCUCGAACUUUGCAAGCGGUACCCCGCACACAUGCGGAUGGUCAGGGGACACGUCCAUCGACUACUGAAUGGAUGGUUCCGUGUGCACACAGAUCUGCGGUCGAGACUGAACCAAAAUGAGCGAAUCACGGUGGACUGGCUGAUUGAUCUAGUGUUGGAGAUGCAGAGGAGAAAUCGUCUGAACCCGUCUCUUCGCCCUCUUCCUGAAAAAGAAAGCCAAAACCAAGAAGGCAGGAGGGAACGUGUGAGGUCUGUCAGCGAGUGGGAGGAGGAGGAGUUGGCCCUUGAAAUUGGUGGUGUGAAACGCACUGGGAAUCUUGCCAAGGAUACUGGAACUGCUGACUCUUCUAAUGAGGUAGAGGAUCUUCAGAAUCAUCUCCCCUUGGAGGAUUGCAACAUAAUGACAGCAAUUGAACUCUCAGAGGCAUUCGGUAACUGUAAGCUGCGUGAACCAGUGGACAAAGAUGCUGGAAAGACGGUGGAGCCUGCAGCAGUUAUUGUACCUGCAACUUGACACGGCAACUGUCUUGACAGUCAGAAUGUGCAGUAUGCAGUAUUAUGUAUGGAAAACUAAAGGGUGGGAUAGCUCUCUCUCUCUCUCUCUCUCUCUCUCUCUCUCUCUCUCUCUCUCUCUCUCUCUCUCUCUCUCUCCACAGACUCUCAGUCCCUCUCUCUCCGGACACACCCAAAACACAUUUCCACACUCUCUCUCUCUCUCACUCUCUCUCCCUCCCCACAUACGUACCCAACACGCAUCUUCUCUCUGUCUCUCUCUCUCUGUUUUUUUUUUUUCUUCCAGACACACGCAUAGCCAACACACAUUUCCACAGGGAUAGGAUCUCACAGAUUUCGGCUGCCAUUCCUGCAAGCGGAUGCUUGUUUUGAAUGAAAUCUGGGCACCAUGCGGGAGUGGGCCAAUUUAGUUUAUAGAUAGUUUAGACAGGGAAAGUGGGGGAGAGCAAAAAGUUAAUUAAGCUACGACGUCCAAUGCAUGGUAACGAGAUGUAGAGAGGCUUAGUGGAGAGGGUAUAGGCUUAAGGCCUUGGGUACUGCGCCUGCAGCCUGCAGAGUUGAGAACUGGGUUCUUUAUCUGGGGUCGUGACAGUUUUCUGCCUUCGUUUUCGUCAUCGGCUGUUUGCGAAUUGUCAACUUGCACAGUGCGCCCCACAUUGGAAGGGAGCUAUAGCCAUACAGCUGUGCUUGAGGCAAAUGUGAAAAGACAAAGUGAAAAGACAAAGUGAAAAGUGAAAAUUUCCAAAAAGAUUCGGAAAAUAGAAUCAAACCACGGGUACAUCGAAGCCUCUUUUUGCGGUGGCGGACUCCCUCUGCACGCCAGGCUUUGCUGAAACGCCGGUGCUGCCAGCCAUUUUGGUCCCCUAGCCCCGAGCCUCCGGAAUUUUCAAAUCGGCUCGAUUUCUAUUCUCUAAGUUUGCCUGGGCAAUGUGCUGGCGGUUCAAGGGCUGCAUGGCUGGCCAGGCCAUGUCAUGCUCAUUUUCAAAUCACCUGCRGUUUUKAUCUYUUUUKUUUCGCCUUUCAACGACCAUCAGGGCUUUYUUUUUUUUUUUUUUUUUUUUUUKUUGUUGUUGUUGUUGUUCUUCCUCCCUUUCGAUGUAGCGUUUGUCUUGUGUUCUUUUUGUACAUCAAGGUGCAUACGAAGUUACAAACUUGCCUUUUGCCCUUUCCCUUGAGGAGGUCAUUUUUUGCAGGUGCCCUUUUGCCCCUUCCCCAGAGGAAAGAACAGGCCUAGCUUAGUUGGUACACCAAUGAACUGCUGAAAUUCAG